CUGCCGUCGGGGUCAAGACCCGAUGCCGCUGUUCGCAACAAUGGACCAGACGAUUUAGCACUCGAGAGGUUCAAAUUACGCGAGCUAGCUGAAGAAUUUCGCAUCAAUCUUCCAUUCCGGAGCACAUGUUUACACGACUUGGUCUGGCCGUGUCGCAUACGAGGAUUCAUCACUGCGUCUCAAACUGGCAUGGAUAAAGGAGCUUUUAUUAUCCAUCGUUGCCAUGGAGCGAGCACAGACAUCAACAUCGAAGCCACGCGAGCAGUGAUCAAGCUUAAGGCAACCAUCACACAGCGUGUUAAGGUAGAUGAUGUAGAGUUCGAUGUGGAAGCAGACUGUCGGUUCUGCUUUUACUUCGAAAAGGUUGAUGGAAAAUGGGGUGCCCGGCUUGUGAGGCAUUGGUAUGAGAAGGACAAGAUGAUCCUUAACCACCCCACCAAGGGCCUCCAGCUUGAAAUGGAUGAGGACAAGCUGAACAACUACCCUGCAGGGUAUAAGUAUCUCUCAUACUGGCAGGAAAUCACCAUGGGUGUCCGAGUACUAACGGACAUGCCCGGGCAUAGACGGCGUAUCGACACAUUGAAUCUCAAGAAGCAUGAUGAGCUGUAC